AUGACAAUUGCUUUGCUUGAUCUUAUUCGUUCUGUUGCCAGACAAUUCGGGACUAAGUGUUCGUCAUGUCGCCGUUUAAUUCAAUCAACGGACUGGGUUCGAAGAGCGCGAAAUUUUGUUUAUCAUCUCGCUUGUUUUGCGUGUGAUCAUUGCAAACGACAACUUAGCACCGGUGAAGAAUUCGCACUUCAAGAUUGUAGGCUUCUUUGCAAACAGCAUUACAUGGAGCUGAUCGAAGGUGAAACAGGUCAACAGAAAUCGAAAACUAAACGAGUCCGGACAACGUUUGCUGAAGAACAAUUAGCAGUGCUGCAGACCCAUUUCCAAAUCGACAGUAACCCGGAUGGCGCUGACCUAGAAAGGAUUGCUACAAUGACUGGUUUAAGUAAAAGAGUUACACAAGUUUGGUUCCAGAAUUCAAGAGCCAGGCAAAAAAAGUACCAAGUAAAUAAAAAAAAUCACCGUUUAAACUCAAGCGGACGAUCAUCAGCUGAUCCAUGCAGUCCAAAAAGUCCAAGCUGCGAUAGCAAUGAUGGAAUGAUAUUUCCUACGUCAGUUCUAACAAGUGUUGAAGAUACGAUGGUUUCCGGUCAGCCUUCAAUACUAAAAAAAAUGAGUUCUGAAACGGAAUUGAUAAACCAUGAUAUUUUAUAA